AUGGGAGAUAGCAGUGAAUGCAAGUCAAGUGUGAUGGUCCCUUAUGAUUAUUUGAAUGUGCAGAUGACUUCGAUAAAACAGAAUGGUGGGUCUGCUCUUCCCUCUCUUGAGGAAGUGUUUUCUCAUCUUCGGAGGAUCUCAAUUGGAUCCACAGAGAACUCCACUAUAUUAGAUAGGUCUACAUUUGUAGUUACGAGAGGGGGAGGCCAUGGAGGUAGAGGAGGAGCUAGAGAAGGUCAACCUUGCCGUGGUAGUGGUGGUGGACCCAUGUAUGGUCGUGGUGGUGGUGGAAUGUAUAGUCGUGGUGGUGGUUGUGUUGGAGGUCAAGACUUAGGGGGAGCCCGUGGUAGAGGACAUAGUAAUGGUCAGAGGAGGUGUACACAUUGUGGUAUGAAGGGACAUACUAUCAACUUCUGCUAUGAUCAACAUGGCCCACCUUCAACCUGGGCAAAUCAUGUAGUCGUAACUGGUGGUGGUUUGAGACAAGAAUCUCAGCAUACUGAUCAAAUACCCUCUACAUCUACAGAUGCCUCUAGAAAGGAGACGUUGAGUGUUCCAUGA